GAGAGAGAGAGGGAAGACUUUCUAAAUCCCAAACCCCAUCUGGAGUCCAUCUGUGCCUCGCUGGCGCUUCAGAUGAACUCGGACUGUAGCGCACACAUAUGAGAGAGAGAGACAGGCGAAUGAAACGAGCUUUAAACAAAGUGAUUUACAUUGUUUGGAAUAAGACACGAGCCAGAGUGGACUAUCUAGAGAGAAGUCAGCGGAGAGAAGAAGGUUCCUGCCAUGCCCGGUUCCCCAGUGGAUGGAAAGAUUAAUUCCAGACCAAACAUCUCCGCUAUGCCUCCUCUACCCUCAGUCAACCCCAGCGGACCACGACCUGCGGCGUUCUCCACCACAGCAUUAAUCAAUGGGAUGAAUCAUUCCCCGCCCACCCUCAACGCCGUUCCCUCGCCACCUCAACGCUACAGCAAUGGGCCUUCAUCAUCGUCAUCAUCCUCGCUGGCCAAUCAGCAGCUUCCUGCGACCUGCGGCGCUCGACAGCUGAGCAAACUCAAGCGCUUUCUCACCACGCUACAGCAGUUCGGCAACGACAUCUCACCUGAGAUCGGAGAGAGCGUCCGGAACCUCGUGCUCGCUUUGGUGAAUUCGACAGUUACUAUCGAAGAGUUUCAUUCCAGACUGCAAGAGGCGACAAACUUCCCCUUGAGACCCUUCGUCAUACCGUUCCUGAAGGCUAACCUGCCCUUACUGCAGAGGGAGCUGUUGCACUGCGCUCGAGCUGCUAAACAGACUCCAGCACAGUAUCUGUCCCAACACGAACAUCUGCUGCUCAGCACCGCCGUACCAUCACCUGCCGACUCAACCGAACUUCUGCUGGAGCCCAGUGAUGCCACCAAACGACACAGUCCCAACAGAGGUAAAGAAAAUGGUUUUCACGAGCGCCCCCCUGCGCCACUGGAACCUCCAGCCAAACGAAUCUGCACCAUUAGCCCCGCCCCCAGACACAGCCCCGCCCACCCACUCCAGCUCCCCAUCCAGAUUCACCCGACCCCGCCCCCUCUCCAACACUACGCCAUGGAUGACAUCACCACCCCUCACCUGUACAGAGAACCGCAUCGUGUACUAGAACUGAGAGAACUGAAGGACAGGCCGCGACUGCCAGGCAGUAAUGGGAGUUACCGUGAGGAACCUGUAGAUCACAGACUGACCGAGAGAGAAUGGGCCGAAGAAUGGCGACACCUUGAUCAUGUGUUAAAUUGCAUCGUGGAUAUGGUGGAGAAGACACGGCGCUCUGUUAGCGUUCUGCGACGCUGUCAGGAGUCUGAUCGCGAGGAGCUUAGUUAUUGGCUGCGGCGCUCAAACCAACACGACGACGGACGCAAGAACGGAGUCGCUGCAGGGAACGUACCCUUCGCCAAAACACACAGCCCUCUGUCUGCAGAGGGAGUCAACUCAGACUCACAGAGGGAGCUCCCAAUGCGUGCCGGCUCUGGCUACGUGCCUGAUGAGAUCUGGAGGAAAGCCGAGGAGGCGGUGAACGAGGUCAAGCGGCAGGCGAUGGAUGAGGUUCAGAAGGCCGUGGCUGAGGCUGACCAGAAAGCAUUCGAGAUGAUCACAGCUGAGAGAGCGAAGAUGGAGAAAACUCUCGCUGAGGCCAAAAGGAAAGCCACUGAAGACGCCAUACAGGUCAUCAACGAACAAGAAGACUCGAGUGAGUGUUGUUGGAACUGCGGCCGUAAAGCCAGCGAGACCUGCAGCGGAUGCAACGCGGCACGUUACUGCGGCUCUUUCUGUCAACACAAAGACUGGGAGCGACACCAUCUCAUCUGCAGCCCGGGUCUCCAGGCUCAGCCCAAACCCAUGUCCGCUCUGAGCACACGAAUGCUGGCCAAAGCCCCUGAGAGUGGCCUCAUCCCGAGCCCCAUCCUGGAGAAAACCUCCAGCACCUCACGAGCGCCCACACCGCCCACACCUGCGUCCUCCUCCACGCCGGACGCCAACGGACACUAGGACGAAAAGUUAGAGUCAGAAGAGUAAACGUCAGAGCGACAGAUGGGCAAAAUAGACCCGUGACAUGAUCCGAUAUUCUGAUUCGGAGUAGCUGUUGGAUAACUCGCCAAUGUGAGAUGAUUUUGAAGCACAUACGGCAAAGAGACGUGCUUGGUGGCAGGGUCUAGCUCGCUUAUUUGGUACAAAUCACCUGUUGUGAUCGAAUCAACCUGCACAAACUUUUGUAGUCGUCUUUCUGUGAGUGUUUGUGUGUGUAUGUGUGCAUGCAUGUUGGGUUUCUGCUUGAAAAUACAAUAUCAAAGCAAUAUAAAAUGCAAUGCCAAGUGAUCAUUGAAUCAUCAACACUAUCAAUGCUGUGACAUGUUCAUAUUAAAUUUCCUUAUCAAUGACUUAAGACAGUUUAUCACUAUUAUGUAACAAGAUUAUCAGAAUUUAAAUGGAAAGUAGGGUAUACGUCUAUUCAUCAAGUGAUUUGUGUGAGCUAUAUGUAAAUAUACUACUAUAUGUUAAGUAUAGCUACCAAACUCUAUAUCAGGGUUCCAAACGCACUUUUUUAACGACUUCUAAUCAUAAAACAGGACAAAGAGGAAACAAUUAAUUUAAAACCACUUACAAAUUAGACCAAAACCAGGUCUUGGUAGUUCUAUACGAAACCGCUCUAUGUUCUGGUGUUGCCUGUAUGUAUUGAUGUGGUAAACUCUAAAAUCUCAGGAGGAUGCUAUAUGUGUAUAUAGUUAUAUUUUUCCGCAUAUAGAGUUGAGCGAAGGUAAAAUAAGUCUUUAGUUACUUUCUCUAAUUUCCACAUUGGUGUCUUCAACUACCUUUGUUUCGUACGGUACUGUACACCAGUUUAAGUAUUUUUUUUUUUUUUCAUUUUCAAAAUGAUGUGUAAAAUAUAACGAAGCAAGAGAAUCUUUAUUUUCUGAGCUACCUUGUGACAUUCAUUUUUUUUUUUUCUCUUAAACAAUUCUUGAGUAUUUAG